UCCACCCUGUAUAGAAUUUCCCAGGGCCCAGAGAGGAGAUGGUCAGUACGCGGUCCACUGCCAGACACUCUCUGAUUCCGACUUCUGCUCCCUUAACUCAACCGAGCUGUCAGCGAGCGCAAGCCGCCGGGGUUACUCCUUAGAUCGCACGGGGGACCGGCACCAGCACCAGCACCGACCGCCCGGGAACUCCUGCAGCCAUGAGCCGGGUCAGCUUCUUCGAGGUGGAAAUCCUAGAUGCCAAGAACAAAGAACAACUCUGCUUCCUGGACAAGGUCGAACCAAAUGCGACAGUUGGAGAAAUAAAAUCUAUGUUCCAUAAAUCAUACCCCCAGUGGUAUCCAGCGAGACAAUCCAUCAGGUUAGAUCCCAAGGGUAAAUGUGUCAGGGAUGAGGAAGUGCUACAGACCCUCCCAGUUGGAACUACCGCAACCUUCUACUUCAAGGACCUUGGCCCACAGGUUGGCUGGACCACGGUGUUCCUGACAGAAUAUGCUGGCCCACUCUUCAUCUACCUGCUCUUCUACUCCCGCCUGCCUUUUAUCUACGAGGAAGAGUACGACUUUACCACCAGCCCUCAUACCGUGGUGCACUUGGCUGGCUUUUGCCAUUCCUUCCACUACGUCAAAAGACUGAUCGAAACGCUGUUUGUGCAUCGGUUUUCUCACGGGACAAUGCCGCUCCGCAAUACCAUUAAGAAUUGUUUCUAUUAUUGGGGGUUCACGGCAUGGCUGGCUUAUUUCAUCAAUCAUCCUCUCUACACACCUCCCUUAUAUGGUGACCAACAAGUCAACGUGGCUCUGAUUACCUUUCUGGUAUGUGAAGUUGGGAAUUUCUCAAUCCACAUAGCCUUGAGGAACCUACGUUCUGAGGGGUCCAAAGUGCGGAAGAUUCCUCACCCGACCAAGAACCCUUUUACCUGGCUCUUCUUCUUUGUUUCUUGUCCCAAUUACACCUAUGAGGUAGGAUCUUGGGUUGGUUUCACUAUAAUGACACAGUGUCUUCCAGUUGGACUGUUCACCCUAAUAGGUUUCUUUCAGAUGACAGUCUGGGCAAAAGGGAAGCAUCACAUGUAUCUGAAGGAGUUUAAGGAUUAUCCCACCCUACGCAUGCCAAUAAUUCCUUUCCUGCUGUAAUGUAGCAAACUGGAUGCCACAGAGUCCGCUCGGCAGAUGUUUUUAUCCUUGUUGCUGUGCUGACGUACUGUCGCUGUGCCUUCAGCACAUGCCAACAUUCAAUAUUGUUUUGUGAAUUGAAACCCCACAAAAUUAUAUUAUUGAAUCAAACCUCUGGCUGUGGUGAACUGUGCCAAAUCAUGAGCAUUGCUGGCGGAUUAUUAUAUUACUCCUUGCCAAUGCAUUAUAAUCCACACCCUGUUUUCUAACAUUAACUGUGCAGUUCUAAUGCUUAGGCACAUCUCACUCUGUGCACUGGCCUGUUUGAUAUUUUACUGUCGGCUAAAGGCAAAGAGCUUUGCUGUUGUAAAGAUUUUGUUUCUAAGUAAACACAAAU